CUGACUAGAAGAUGGCAUAUUAAAAGACUAGUUCCAGAAGGUGGCAGUAAGACAACAUUACAGAUGUCGGCUGCCGUAAACCUCCAAAGAAGAAAAAUUGGUCCUCCCGUUGCAAGGCGGCGCUGCUGAGCUGCUACUUCACCGCUACAGGAGUCCUAGUGUGUCAGAGGAAACAUCAAACUGAAAGUAGUAGACCUCUCAGUCUGUGGAAAUCUACGCUAUCUUUGACAAAGGGCAGUUUCAGUGACGGGGAAAAAAUGUCUCGUAGGUAUGAUUCCCGAACAACCAUAUUUUCCCCUGAAGGACGCCUGUAUCAGGUGGAGUAUGCAAUGGAAGCAAUCGGUCACGCUGGAACAUGCCUGGGGAUUCUAGCCAAUGACGGAGUGCUCUUAGCAGCAGAAAGACGCAACAUUCACAAACUGCUUGAUGAGGUUUUCUUCUCUGAGAAGAUCUACAAGCUCAAUGAUGACUUGGCCUGCAGUGUUGCUGGGAUCACAUCCGAUGCUAAUGUACUGACAAAUGAGCUGCGGCUAAUUGCACAGAGAUAUUUAUUGCAGUACCAGGAGCCAAUACCCUGCGAGCAGUUGGUGACAGCCCUGUGUGACAUCAAACAAGCAUACACACAGUUUGGCGGUAAGAGGCCUUUUGGUGUUUCUCUGCUCUACAUGGGCUGGGACAAACACUACGGCUUCCAAUUGUACCAAAGUGACCCCAGUGGCAACUAUGGAGGCUGGAAGGCAACCUGUAUUGGAAACAACAGCGCUGCUGCAGUGUCCAUGUUGAAGCAGGACUUCAAAGAGGGUGAGAUGAGUCUGGCUUCUGCUCUGGCCUUGGCUGUCAAAGUCCUCAACAAAACAAUGGAUGUCAGCAAGCUCUCAGCGGAGAAAGUGGAAAUUGCCACUCUGACUCGAGAAGACGGGAAGACAAAAAUCAAGGUGUUGAAACAGAAAGAAGUCGAGGAACUCAUCAAACGGCAUGAGGCUGAGGAGGCCAAGGCUGAAAAGGACAAAAAGGAGAAGGAGCAGAAAGAGAAGGACAAAUGAGCAAAAUACUUGUUUUCUCCUCUUCACCAAAUUCUGUAGUGUUUUGUCUUUUACAUUAAAAGUUUGGAAACU